AUGCGAGUCACAGAAGCGACGCAAUUGGAUGAGAACUACGUGGACGAAGUGGAUUCUCAAACCGCUGUGAACCUUGGGCAUCAAACACGCACACAGUACCCGAAGCUCAUCGAGCAAUGCGUCCCUGCAAUCAAAACACUUGGAACCCGCAAUCUGUACCUCAACCAUGCCUCGCAUUACUUCGCUCCUACGUUCUUCGAUGAUAUGCACAGCGAGCCCGAGCUUAAACGGUUCGCGGGACUACAUAUCGAGGAAUGGACAGAUGUGGAGGCCACCGCUUGGCUAAGCUGCGGCCCUAAACUGCCUUCGUUUCCAGUCGACGUCCACUGGUUCUCGGCUCGGGACAAGGAGCUACUGAAGCAUACUCACUAUCAUUCAUCGGAAAUCGUCAGUGCAGAGUCUCUUCCAUUAGGGAUGAAGUUUAUCGAUCCCAGCUACAUGUGGCGCUGCGACAAAUUCAUCAGCGAAAUCCUCCAUGGCCAUACCGCGGUGUUCAGAAAGAGAUGCUUCAAUAAUGACAAAACGGGGAUCUUUUUAGGAGAGUUGUUUCAGCUUAUGAAAGAUGUCCCAGUGCCACACCGACUCAUUAACGACACUCUCCGCCUUAUAACCGUAACCUAUAUCAUGGGACGAGCAAUCACUCUCGACCACGUCUCUGGAAUGUCAAGCAUUCCAAGAACCAAAGGAUUUGGAGCCGCUCGCCUGAUCAGUCACCAGAUCAAACAUCCCUUCCAUGUCCUCCAGAAAACCAUCGUAGAAACGACAACAUUACGACUGAUGCAGACCAUCGUAUCGCCCAAAGGCUGCGACGAUCUGCUCGCGGCAUUCAUAUGUGUGAUAGGCCUGAGUAUGGUGACUGAAGAACAGCAGGUAACCUACCUGGAGACAAAUGUGAAGAUUAUGGGGCGAAAGGCCUCGACCGUUCUGGCAGACUCCGGGUGCGAGGAUACAGAGUGGUUUGUGACAAUGGUGAUGCGAAUGUUCUUUCACCACGUAGGUGACCCGCGAGAAAAGGUCAUCAGUGAUCCUCAACGUCCUGCUUUAGUCGAGUUUGUCGAUGCAGUAUGUCAUCUAGUGGAAAAAAACUACGCGUUGCUGGUGUGCCGGAAGAAGAACCCAGUAUCGAACAUAUCGUUUCGAAAUCUAGAAGAAAAUUCACUGAGGCUUGUGGGCCUAUUUCUGCUUACAGCAUUCAAAUAUGAUGGCAAAAUCGACCACAUCGACGACACUGGCGACGACAGCACAGUGGCGAUGGCGCCCAUUGCAAAUCUCAAGGAAUGUGCAUGGUGGAAGAAGAAAAGAUUCCGUUAG